AUGGAUCAUUCAAAGUAUUAUUGUCCCGCGGGAACGGCAUUUCUCAUCCUCGCUGCAGCUCUCUAUAUUUGUGUAUGGUCUCCUUCAACAUCAAACCCUUUCCUUGAUAAUUAUAACCAGCAAAACAACUGUCAUUGCUCCAAUACUACUAGUGUAAAGGAUGAGCUUGAAUUGGCGCUGAGCAAAGCUUCCAUGCCAAACAAGACGGUAAUAAUUGCAGUCGUGAACAAAGCAUAUGUUGAAAAAACGGUUGUUGAAAAGGCAACGAUGCUGGAUCUUUUCUUGGAGAGCUUUUGGCUAGGAGAAGAUACUAGGCCACUGCUCCAGCAUCUCUUACUUGUUGCCGUCGAUCAAACGGCUUAUCUACGCUGUCAAUUUCAGCGCUUGCACUGUUAUCGCUUGGUGACCGAAGGUGUUGAUUUUGAAGGAGAGAAGGUUUUCAUGUCAGACGACUUCGUUAAGAUGAUGUGGAGAAGAACUCUUCUUCUGUUGGAUGUCCUCAACCGUGGCUAUAACUUCAUCUUUACGGACAUGGAUGUAAUGUGGCUGCGAAAUCCAUUUAUGAAACUGAGUCCAACCGAAUCAGUUGAUAUGCAAAUUAGCGUUGAUACAUUCAAUAACGAUCCUCGACCGGAACAUAAUUUUGUCAAUACGGGUUUCUAUUACAUAAGAUCAAACAACAAGACCAUCUCAUUGUUGGAUACAUGGUAUUCCCAGAAGGAUCAUUCUGCAGGGAGAAAAGAGCAAGAUGUGUUGCAAGACCUAAUGCACGGGGGACUCUUUCAACGAUUGAAUCUCACAGUAAAGUUUCUGGAAACGACGCACUUCAGCGGCUUUUGCCAAGAUAGUCAGGAUAUCACCGCUGUAACCACCGUGCACGCCAACUGUUGCCGCCUCAUAAAGGCAAAGUUUACAGAUUUAGCGGCAGUCCUCCGUGAUUGGAAGCAGUUCAAAACGGUUGUCAAAGAACAUACCGAGGUCGCUGGUAAGAUUAUUGGGGAUUUUAAAUGGGCACCGCAUACUGAAUGUUGGAAUUCAUGGAAAUAGAGAUAAUAGCACCAACAUGAAUAAGCU